CGGGGAGGCUCUUGAAAACCUUCAUUGGGCUGAAGAGAGACAAACUCACCUCAACCAAGGUCCCCUUAGCGGCACUACCUGCGCCGGUCUACAGAUCCAAUAGUAUAAGAUUUAUCCCCGCUCAGCCAGUCAACCGCGUUGUGGUUCCAAGUUGUACACUCGUUAUGCUUUAACUUCAAUGCGAAUAAUGCUUUUAUUUGAUGGUGUAUGAAGUGAUCUGGCUCUUGCAAUAUUGUCAUCGGCGUCGCUUAUCAUAGUCUCACAGUCGGUGAAAGUUGCGCGGAGAAAGUUGCGCAUCGCUUGUUGAAUGCAGGACACCUUCUGCCUGAGCGUCAAUUCCAAGUUCAGCUUUGGAGCAACAGCCGGUAAGGAGCAGGGACUCCAGUUUCUCACCUCUGUCGCCGCCGAUAUGAAGUCUGCAGAAGAAGAUGCAUACAGCUACACACCAAAUGUCAGCUUGUCCCUUCCACUGGGCAUGGGCAACCCCUGUCUGGCCACCCAGUACCAUACCUUACAGUCCAGCCCAGUCAUAUCUUGCCACCAGACAGGUUACAGCCUCCAAAACGAGAACCAUGCAGCAUCAGGCUAUUACCUGCCCCACGGCUUGAGACCCAAUGGCGCCCCGGCCCUGGAAAGUCCCCGUAUUGAGAUCACUGCCUACAGCCAGUAUCCUGAGGAUGAGGUAGAAGAGAGCAGCAGUGAGGACCACAUCGUCAAACGAGGCAUUAACUCCAUCGUGACGCUGACACUGCCCAAUGCAGACGGCUACCGUGAUCCCAGCUGCCUCAGCCCUGCGAGUAGCAUUUCCUCACGUAGCUGUAACUCCGAGGCAUCCUCUUACGAGUCUGGCUUCUACAACUAUGACAACUCCCCCCAGAACUCCCCAUGGCAGUCUCCCUGCGUUUCUCCCAAAGGCUCAUCCUCUCUGCUCUCCUGCCCACAUGCCAGCGGCCGUGCAGCUUCCCCUCACCAUUCACCCUCCACCUCCCCUCAGAUAGGAGCUGUGGCCGAGGAAGGUUGGCCGGCGCAAAUUCGUGGCUCCAGGCCUAACUCUCCUUCCUGCAGUGGAGGUGGCGGAGGCAACGGCGGUGGCAGCAUUGGGAAGAGAAAGUACAGCUUCAAUGGCACCCCUUACCAUCAGACAUCCUGCUCCCCCCUCCAGUCGCCCACCCCAUCCCCACAUGGCUCCCCCAGGGUCAGCGUCACAGAUGAGAACUGGCUCGCCAACACCAACCAGUACACCAACUCUGCCAUUGUGGCCGCCAUCAACGCUCUGACCACAGAUGGAGUGGUAGACAUGGGGGAGGGAAUCCCAAUCAAGACGCGGAAGACCAUGCUGGAUCACUCAUCCUCCAUGAGCCUGAAGGUGGAGCCAGGUCGUGAAGUGCUGGGUCCUGAUGGGGAGCUCUGCCAUGAAGACUACCCCUCCCGCCUGGCCCUCAAGAAGGAGAACUACUGUGGAGGGUUCCUGGAUGUGCCCCAGCAUCCGUACACCUGGUCUAAACCCAAGCCUUACCUCAGCCCAUCUCUGCCAGCUCUUGACUGGCAGCUUCCGUCCUGCUCCGGCCCGUACAACCUACAGAUUGAGGUGCAGCCUAAGUCCCACCACAGGGCCCACUAUGAGACUGAAGGCAGCCGAGGGGCAGUGAAGGCACUGUCUGGAGGCCACCCUGUAGUACAGCUUUAUGGCUACAUGGAAAGCGAGCCGCUCACCCUGCAGCUGUUCAUAGGGACCGCAGACGACCGCCUCCUGCGACCACAUGCCUUCUACCAGGUCCACCGUAUCACCGGUAAAACCGUCUCCACUGCCAGCCAUGAAGCCAUGCAAUCCAACACCAAAAUUCUGGAGAUCCCUUUGCUGCCUGAAAACAACAUGAGAGCCAUAAUUGAUUGUGCGGGGAUCCUGAAGCUGCGUAAUUCGGACAUUGAGCUUCGCAAAGGGGAAACAGACAUCGGACGUAAGAACACACGUGUGAGAUUGGUGUUUCGAGUGCACAUCAACCAGCCAAACGGCAGGACUGUGUCCCUGCAGACUACUUCGAACCCCAUUGAAUGCUCCCAGCGAUCGGCUCAGGAGCUUCCCUUGGUGGAGAAGCAGAGUGUGGAUAGUUACCCUGCUACCGGAGGCAAAAUGAUGCUCCUGAGUGGCCUCAACUUCCUCCCCGACUCCAAGGUGGUGUUUGUGGAGAAGGCACAGGAUGGGCAUCAUAUCUGGGAGACAGAAGCCAAAGUUGACAAGGACUCCGUCAAAUCUAAUGCUGUUGUUGUGGAGAUCCCGCCAUACAGGAACCAGAGAAUAUCCAGCCCGGUGCAGGUUAACUUCUACGUCUGCAACGGCAAGAGGAAGAGGAGCCAGUACCAGCGCUUCACCUACCUGCCUCCUAAUGUGCCGAUAAUAAAGACAGAACCCAGUGAUGAAUAUGAUUCUCUGGGGACUGCGAGACUGCCCAUGCAUUCAAAGUCCUAUUACGGCCAGCCCAGGCUCACUCCCAUCAUGCCUGUAGCCGAUCCUGAUGUCUGCCUGGUUGGUGGCUACCCUCCCUGCCCGCCCUGCCAUGCUGCCAUGCCAUCGUCGUCCCCCAGCUCCAGCCCCACCUUACAUGACCUGUCCCCUGUGGCCUACAGCAAGUGCCUCCCCAACAGCCCCACCCAUGCAGUACAACCAGGCCCCGUGGUGCCCUCCAUGCAGGAGACUCCUGGCCUCCCCAACCUCACCCACCCAUCAUCGCCAGACCACAACUCAUCCCUAGGGAUGCUCCAUUCCCAGGGCAGCCCCAACCACCUCAACAGCCCAGGACCUCAUGGUUAUCACCCUAUCUAUGCCAACAGCAGUCCCUCAUCCUCCCCUGUAUCCCACCCUUCCACUCCCGGUGGGACUGCGGAGAGUCCAUUCAUUCAGGCCUACAGUCCCAGUCAGGCUCAGGCAGCAGCCAGCUCACCUAGCCUGUUACCUGAGGAUGCCAGCCCCCCUUCGAUGGCCAUCACCGUCAAACAGGAGCCCCAGGAACUGGACCAGAUGUACCUAGAUGAUGUUAAUGAGAUCAUCAGGAACGACCUCUCCAGCAUUUCUGUGAACACUCACGCAUAGACGUCCAGAAAUCUUCUGCAGCAGCACACACACACGCUGAAAGCAAUGUCAUCAACAAAAAGAGGACAAAAACAAAGAGAGAGAUCCAGAUGAUGAAGAAUAAAGUUUUGACCAGGAUCUCCCGCUUAACUAUCGUUACCAUCAGCUCCUCCUCUCUCAAAGACUCGCUGCAGACUUAUAUUGACAAUCACUGGCAAGCUCCAUUUGAAUAAACAGAUGAAUGUUAUAUUUACAAAAAGGGAAGUGAUAUCAGGGGCAAAGACGACUACACUUGCCUUAAUUCACAGCAGAUGUUCUUUAGUGGACCAAACAGCUCAAUGAGACUAAAUUAUAAUCUUAAUUUCGAGUGUGAUCUGUAUGUUAAUGCAUGGACAAGCUAAUGGGUCUGUAAGUGUCAUGCUUCCUCACCUUGGUUCAUUUGUUUGUGCCGUCAGUCCGCAAAAACCGAAUUGGUGCCUUACAGCAGUGAUAUUGACAGUAAACAACAGCAGAAGUCACACAAAUGCAAAUGGUUUAUUCUAACCCAAAGUGGAAGUUUUUAUAUGACAUUUUUGUAUCAUUUCAAUGAUUUGUUUACAGGGAAACAGAAUAAAAGGCUGGAAAAAUGUAGGGAGUAUGUGAAUAGAUUAGAAUUGUAUUUUUUCUUGCUUCCUCAUUAUUAUCUAAUUGUUCAUUUAUACUGAAUGCUAUUGUAUGAUAUUCUUUUGUAUAAACAUGUAUUUGAAAAUGUACUUCUGUAUGCCUUAUCCUUAUAUCAUGCAGUUUGCUAUUUAGCUUUCCCUUUUUUCCCCAUUUGUCUUCCCCUGAUAUGAUUUGUACCAUUUCUAAUAUCCUACAUUAUCCUUUUCACCUUAGUGCCUAUUUUUUUUUAUCAUCCUGUCUCGGUCUUCCAGUCCUCCCACCCAAACCAUGACGUAAUGAUGCACAGACAAUCAGAGAAAUAUAUAGUACAUAUCCUAUAACAUCCAUUCCUGGUUGCGGGGGAUUAUAAAGGCAGGUAUCAGAGUUUUCUUCUCCCCCAGCUAUAAGGCAGUUGAACAAAGGUAUGCUUACCUGCUGUAUCUGAAAAAGAAUACUCCUGGACAAUAUAUAUUUGUUUGUUACUUCUUGCACUGCAGGUUUGCAUGUAAAUAGGCACAGGGAUAAUCUAAGUAUGCCACAGGCUCAGCUUUACUCGUCAUUUGGGUGAUUCCACUGAGGAGUUGGCAGGACUGUUACUUACUGCUGGCAAUAAUUGAUCUGAGUAAACCAAAGGAUUUUAUCUUUGGUGAAAUUAUUGUCCAAGUUUCCUUUUUCUGUCGGAGACUUUAGCGUAGAGCGGCUCCCCGUACAAAAAAAAGACAUUAUGCACUUUACUGUAGAAACAGAGCAGGUUUUCUUUCUUCCAGACCAAAUAAUGUAGAUUGAUUUCCACUGUCGCGUCAUAAACGUACCAACAUUGACUCUUCUUCCACACAGCAGCCGUCUUUCCACAUGAUCUAUCUUUUGGAGCAUGCACAUCGUACUAACGUUGGGGUUCAUUUAGCUGACAGUAGCUUACAAUAUAGCUUCCUAGUACAUUUUUGGAAAUAUAAUAGCAUGACUAUGAAUAAGGUUUCUAUUUUGUGCCUUACUCUCUCUUUCUUGGCUAUAAGGUCAUUGCAACUCUAUAAUGCUUUUCUGUGUAGGCACAAGGUGAAACAUAUUUCUCUUUAAUAUGAAAUAUUUAUGAAAAAUGAAAUGUGUUCAAAGUGCAUUUAAUGUGUUCUCAACAAUGAAUUAAUAAAUGGCAUAAUGGUGACCAUA